UACUUUUCUUUGUGUUGCCCACGAGACCCUGGUGAUAGCUUCUACCUAAAAACACAAAGCAACAAGACAAACUAUUUCAAAGUAUUUUAUCAGUUGAAUAUUAUAAAGAUGGCAGGGAAUGUUAAAUUCUUUAGAUUUGUCGGUGGUUAUGUGUGCGGCGCCGCCGUCACCACUGGAUCAUGUGUUGCAGUAAUGAAACUUUACAAGGAUGAGGACAGAGAUGACCAGAGAGAGCCCGAGAAAGUUCCUCAGGCACAGCAGGAGAUAGGGCGGUAUGGCUUCCCCUUGACAGGAGCUGAGAUACGAUACUACGCCAACCACACAUUGUCCUACAACCAAGCCAUGAAAACACCAAGAUGGGUCGCUGAGCACCUGUCACAUGAGAAACUAUUGGGGAAAGCCGACAGAAAGCACUGUAAAUUCAAGCCAGACCCCAGUAUCCCAGAACCCUUCACUGCACACAAUGCUGACUACCUGGGCAGUGGCUGGUCCAGGGGCCACAUGGCCCCCGCAGGAGACAACAAGACCUCCGAGCAGUCAAUGGCUGAAACCUUCUACCUAUCCAACAUUGUGCCCCAGAACUAUGAAAACAAUGCUGGAUACUGGAACAGACUGGAGAUGUACUGCAGGGACCUGGCCAAGCGCUUUGAUGACGUGUGGGUCAUAUCGGGACCUCUGGUCCUUUCUGAAGAGGGGGAUGAUGGGAAAAAGACAGUGUCCUACCAGGUCAUAGGUAAAGACGACGUGGCCGUCCCCACCCACCUCUUCAAAGUCAUCCUCGUCGGGAAAGACCAAUCGGCAUCGGGCAAUUUGACUAACAACCAAUCGGCAUCAGAAACCUUGGCCCUCGGCGCCUUUGUCGUACCCAACCAGCCAAUCGGCUUCAAGCGCCCACUGACGGACUUCCAGGUGAGUCUAUCGGAACUAGAGAAGAUCUCGGGCCUGACCUUCUUUCCCAAAGUGGAGCGGACAACUCCGAGCCUCCCCAACUUAUGCGAUAGGGAUUCCUGCCAACUGAUGGACUUUAAGGAUUUCACCUUGUACCUCACGGCCAGGAAGGUGGGCAGUGCCCGCACCACGGUGAAGCUGGAGAAGAGCAUGGCGGAGCUGAAAGAGCAAGGCAUCGACCCGGACGACUACGUACUCAAACUGUACCAGGAGAAGAAGAAGGAGCUGGAAAACAAAGCAUAACCUGACUCAUCUUCCUUAGGGCACUAAGAGAAAAUGUUUUGUAGCAGAAACAGAAAAUCAGGGUUUCUAAUUGGACAAGUCCACAUAGUCCCUCCUGUUUUCAUUGGUUUGGUACCUAAUGAACACAACCCUGGAUGGAAUGUCCAUUAUGGCUCUGUGAAACGAGCAGCUGGUCAAGUGGCUGUUUUGCUAUGGGUUACAUAGUUUGUUAGAUUGUUUAUUGAACAGAUUUUUCUGUAUAUUUCUUUGUUUUUUUUCCCAUUGGAAGGUGUAUUUCCCAUGCCAGAAUUACAAAACCUUUUUUUUUAAAUGUGGAUAGUUUUUAAAAUUUACCCUGAACAAAAAUAUAAACGCAACAUGCAACAAUUUCAGCA